AUGGCCCGAUCGCGCCCCGCCUCGAACGGUCCUACCUCCAAGUCCGCCCCAACCACACAAAAAAACGGCAUCAAGAAGUCCUCAAAGCCUGCCAAGCAGCAACUCUACGUUGUGUCGCGCGAAACGAAUGAUCCUGAAGGCGUCCACGACAACCAUGAGAUCGUUGGCACCUACAAGACGCUCGCGGCAGCCAAUGCGGCCGCGCGCGACGAUUUGAUUAAGGGAUGGGGACGCGAGUACUUUGAUACGUAUGAGGCGAGCGAGGUGGAUGUCGGGAGUGAGGAAGGCGACCCCACCCCGAAGGCUGUCGAAGAGCAAUCCUACGUCGUCCUGCGCCGAUCUAAUACUGACGAAGUUAAAAACAUCCUUGGACCCUCUGAGAUCGUUGGCACCUAUAAGACCCUCGCGGACGCCAAUGCCGCUGCGCGAGGCUAUUUUGAAAAAGGGCCGGGACUCAAGUACUUCCAGAUAUGCGACGUGAAGAAGCUGCAUGGCAAGGUGGAAGUUUUUGCCAAGAGCCACAACGGCUACCAGGAUGUGGGCGUGUUAGUUCAUAAGAAUAUGGCGUCUCCAUCCAAAGUAGCCGCGCCGCUGAAUCCUGACGCGCAGUACAUCUACACGCUGAUACGUGAAACGUUAGAUUUGUAUAAGUCCCAUGGCAAGAUUGAGAUUCUAAGUUCUUACGAUACGCUCGCUGCUGCUAAUGAGGCGGCGCGAAACAAUAUGAUCGAGGAGUGGGGAAGGGACUACUUUGAGGAAUAUGAGGUGCGUGAGUAUGGUGGGAUGGUGCGAGUUAAUGCCAAUUGCCCCGAUGGAAAGGGCAUGUAUGUGCGUGUCGAUAAGGCCGAGGUGAAGAAGGACGGUGUGAUCGAGGAAGCCGAGGCCGAGAACCUGACCGUUGACGCACCGGGAGAGAUCACCGUCUACCAUGUUUCGGCUGUCAGGAUUGAUUACCAGAAUGAUCCUGAUGGAGUGCUGGAGGGGGCUGUGAUAAAGGGGACAUACUUGUCGCCUGCGAAGGCGAAUAAGGCUGCGCGGGAAUAUUUGGCGAAGGAGUCGGAGACGAACGACUUUGGUAGGGUUACAGAGACAGUGAUCUAUGGGAUGGUGACUAUUAAGGCUAGAUGCCCGAAGGAAAAGGAGGUGAUGGUUUAUGUGGACAAGGGAAAGUUGUUUACUGAUGGCGAGGGAUUGGAGGAAAUGGAGGAGUCGGAGGGUUCCUUGUCGAGUUCCUCGCCAAUGAAGACCUUCCAGCGCCAGAAAAGUCGUCCUUUUCUUUUGCAAGGGGCUGGUGAGCCAGUGAUCCUCAAACUGCCGAGCGAGACCUUCGUCCUAAAAACCAUCAACACGAAGAAGUCGAUUGCUGAUGUGAGCUCAAUGGCGAAAAACGCGUCCUCGCGAUCUCACUCCGAGGCUGAGGACAAAAGAACUCUUUGCUCUCGAGAUUUGCAGCUUACACUAACGAUACGGAGGCAAAUACGACCGGGCUGCGGUCGUAAUUGCGCUUAA